AUGAGCGAUCCUUUUAAUUCAAAUGCCCCAGAACCCAGAAAAGUCGGUGUUUGGACAGAAGGUGCACCUAUAGAAACUCGUGAAUAUGUAUUGCCCAAAAAGUCACCUGAAUCCAUUGACGAUAUUCCUACUAUUCCCGAUUUAGAUGACCUGCAGGAUAUUUUUGAAAAGGAAAUAUCUAAACCUUCAGUGCCAAUUCAUCAAGACACUGAAACUGUUAAUGCUCUAACUGAAGUUGGCGUGAGUGGUUCAGUAGAAGGCAUAGAUGCUGCAUUGGAAGUGCUCAAGUCUUAUAUACCUCCUGUAGAGUCAGAUACAGCAGAUAUGGUGUGGACUAUAGAUUCUUUACUAACUCAACUUGCUGACGAAGAUGAAAAUGCUGGUGCA